UUAACGCGCAUGCGCAUGUACUCAGAAACUACGUAUAUCAAUGGAAGUGGGGUUUCGUUUUCAGAUGCCACCAGAAGAACUACUUUACCUUGUGUUGUUGUUUAUUAUAACUAGUUAUAGAUGGACAGCACGGAUGUAAUAUCGUCUGAUAAACAAUUACAGCGCUAUUUGGGCUCCCUAAGUAAGUGUAUGACUGGGUAUUUGGUUCAAAGGAUGACCAGCUGUUUGUCCGGAUCCCGCACAAUCACGGUGUACGAAGCACAGGUUAUCACAUCCCAGCCAACAGACAUGCAGAAAGCCUCCAGGCUGAUACAGAUUGUCAUUAAAAAAGGUCAAAGUGCAUGCAGUUCAUUCCUCACAUGCCUUGGAAUUUGUGACCCGGUGUUGUAUGAGAAUGUUACUGGAUUCCCAGCACAAUUUAAGGACGAGGACCAUCAACAUGUUGAGCAAAUUCCUCUCUCAGAAAAAUUGCACUUUACACCUUGUAUUAUAAACAUACAAAACUCUUCCCUGAACAACUGUAUUAUUGGGAACAACAAUCGCCAAUGCAUUACCUGUGACCAGCAUUCUUUGCUCGCUCAGAAUGAUGCAAGCGAUGGUAAGUUGAAUGAAAUGCCAGAUAUUCUGAGCAGUGAUCAACUGAUCCCAGUGAAAGACACAAUAAGUGUCAACAGUGUUCACAUGGAGCAAUCCAACAUAGAGUAUGUUAUUAUUGGUGACCAUAACAGUAUGACAGUCACUGAGAGCUCGGAGGCUGAGGAGGAUACGGACAUUGAGCCAGAAGUGAUUGGUUAACAGAUGUGAAAAAGCCUGGCAGGAGAGCAGACUCACAGUUUCGGAGAGCUGCGUAUUGUCACCUUGCCUUACCGGGCCUGACCUAUAACUCGACACUGAAAGCAUAAUAUAUGCUUUAAACUGACCAGUGUUUAGGUCCUCAGCAGCUGCUGCCAAACGCACUGAAACAUUAUCCUUUAUUGCAGAUUUUUCUAAACCUUUGUGCCUUGAGGUGGCUAUAAUAUCUGAUACUGCCUUGAUUGUUACUGAACAUGACUGCUACUGACUGUUUCUCAUGUUUUAAUGGGUACACCAGUAUUUAUUUGUUCAACAGAAAUGUAUGAAAGCAAACAUGUUGACUGACAUUGCAAUCAUCGCAAGUCUUUUAUAAGCUUAAGCUUUCUGUAAUGAAGUAAUAAGUAUGGUUUACAGUCUUAUGUCUUUCAGUAAUAUUUGUAUUUAACUUAAUAUCUAUUGAUAUUAAUUGUGAUAGAUACUCCUGAUGUUUCAAUAUAUAUUCUGUGAUAGCAUCUCAUGUAUUCCUUUAUUCUUUUUUUUUUGUGUGUGAAUUUCUUAUAAUUUUAUGUAUGUAUAGGUUAUAUGACAUGUAAGGUACUGUACAGUCAUUUUAUGUAUACUGAAGAAGGAAUGUAGCUGACGCAUUUGUGAUUCAAGAUAAAUAUU